AUGGAGCUGCUGUUUGGGCCCACGGAGGGCUCAUGGGCGGACGUUUGCGGCGGCAGUGGGCUGCUCCAGCCGGACCAGAUGCUGGCAGAGGAUGGCGAGUCAACAGAGGUUGUGUGGUCGGCGGUUCCCAGAGACCGCAGCACUCCCGCGGCGGUUGCGUAUGCCAUCCAGCGCUGGCCGCUGGCAGUCAUGCCUGAGCCUGGGGAGGGAGGCUACGUGCGCAGCCUGCUGGCCGCCGAGCCAAGGUUGGAUGCAGUGCACGACACCUACAGCAUCGUGGAUGGCGGUGGCGGCGAUGCCUCCCGCCCCUUCUACCGCGUCUUGGCUCUGGACGCCGGCAACCUGUUCGUUUCCAGCCAGCCCUGCGGGAGCGGCCCCUGCCGGCGGCUGCUGCAGGUGCCGACGAUACAGGCCGCCAUCGACGCUGCCGCGCCUGGAACCACUGUGAACGUGCUCCCAGAGGGCUCGCCCUACAUCGGCCCAGGCAACACCAACCUGAGCUUCGGCGGCAAGAAUGUCACCCUGCUGGCUGUGGCUGGGCCCGGGGCCACGGCCAUCGACUGCCAGCGCUCCGCCGCCUGCCGCGCGUUCGUGUUCACCGCCGCCGACGGGCAGGGCGCCCAGGUGUCGGGCUUCACCAUCGCCAACGGCAUCUCCGUCCCCGGCGGCUGCGUGUCGAUCGCCGACGCCUCCCCCACCUUCUCCAACUGCAUCUUCUCGCGCUGCGGCUCCCGCGACCCCGCCGCCCCCGGCAACGGCGGCGCCAUCUCGGCGUCGGGCGCCGCCGCCGCGCCGCGCAUCCUGGGCUGCCGCUUCUGGGACAACUACGCCAACUUUGGGGGCGCCAUCCACGUCAGCGAGGGCGCCGUCCAGGUGGAGGGCUGCGAGUUCCUGCGCAACGACGGCGCCCCCGGCACAUGCCAGGGAGGCGCGCUCUACUUCCUCAACACCCGCCCCUCCCUCGUGCGGGACACUCUGGUGGCAGGAGGCUCUGUGGGGUUCUCUGGUGGCGCCAUCUCGGCGCAGCUGGCGGCCGAGGUGCGGCUGGAGCGGGUGCGGGCGGUGGACAACAAGUCUGGCAGCUUUGCGGGGGCCAUCCUGGUGUGGGGAUCCAACGUGACGAUCGUGGACUCAGAACUGAUCAACAACACGGCGGUGGUGUACGGCGGCGGGGUGCUGGUGCAGUACGGAAUGUACAACGCCACUGCCACCCGCCACGUGGGCAACGCCGCCGAGUGGGGCGGCGGCGGCGCCAUCUCCCUCUUCUCCGCCGUGGCGCUGCUGCGGGGCUGCGAGCUGAGCGGCAACAGGGCCAGCUUCGGGGGCGGGCUGAAUGCCAUGCGCAUGGCGGAAGGCAAUAUCGUGGUGCCCACCAUUGUGUCUGUCAACGACAGCGUGGUCGAUGGCAACGUGGCCACCGACCACGGCGCCGCUUUCAACAUCGAAUCCGCCGACAUGGCGGCGCUGGUCAAUGUCAGCAUCACCAGCAACGUGGCGGCGGCCCGCGGCGGCGGCGGCUGGUGCCAGUCGGCCACGCCCGUGGGCCUGUACGGCUGCCGCGUGCAGAACAACACGGCGGCGGUCGGGGGCGGCUUCUUUGCAGAGGGCCCCUGCCCCCUCGUGGUGGUGGGCUCCCAGUUCAGCCAGAACAGCGCCUCGGGAUACGGCGCCGGCAUCGCGGUCGGCGACGGCGCCUCCCUCAACGCCUCCCAGUCGCUCUUUGCCGCCAACGGCGCCUCCAGCUGCGCCUCCAGCCGCCCAGUGGGCGGUGGCGGCAUCUUCGUCGGCGUGGAGCCCUUCAACGGCAGCAGCACCGACCAGUGCGGCGCCAGCGAGGAGGCCGCCGCCUACGCCUCUGUCAGCCUGGACACAGUCAGCUUCAGCGGCAACCAGGCAUCCGACCGGGGCGGCGCGGUGCACGUGGCGGCGGGCAGCCUGCGCAUGAAUGCCGUGGAGCUGGUCGGCAAUGCGGCCACCGGCGGCGGCAUGUCUGACGGUGUGGGCGGCGCCAUUGCGCUGGACGAGCGGUGCGCCCGCGGCGGCCUGUGCAACCCCAUCACCGCGCUGCUGUCUGCCCUGAACGUCAGCGGCAACGUGGCGAGGAUGGCGGGCGGCGGGCUGUUCUACGCAGGUUUCAACCCUGGGAGCCGGCUGGCAGUCAGCGAGUCGCUCUUUGCCGGCAACUCUGUGGCUUUGGAGCUGCAAGGGGUGGGGGGAGGCCUUUACCUGGCCCACCCCAACUUCAGCGUAGCUGCCAGCCAGCUGGCCGCCAACACUGCCUUCUUCGGCGGCGGCCUGUUCCUGGCAGCCAACCUCAGCCGGGGCGCCUCGCUGGCCCAGCUCUCCCUGGCCGGCAACGUGGCGCAGGGCAUGGGCUCUGCUGCCUACUGGCUGCGGAGCAAGUCGCCUGGCGCGGAGCUUACCUGUCGGGAGUGCAGCGUGGAGCCGGCAGAGGGCCCCUACUUCGCCACAGAGGCACUGGAGAUGCAGUACGGCGACCAGCCGCCGUCGCUGGUGCAGACCAACUGCAACUUCCCGCCCUUUGAGGUCCGCCUGCUGGACUUCUACGGCUCGGUGGCCGCCACCGCCAAGGGCGUCUGCGCUGCCACAGUCAACUCUACGAGCGCUGUGCUGAGCUCCAAGGGGCGGGAGGAGAUGGCGCUGCAGGGCGUGGCCAGCUUUGACAACCUGCAGCUCAAGGGGACCAUCAACCAGAGCUACGACCUGCAGAUCAACUUUGAUGGGACGAGCGGCCCCAGUGGCAAGCUGCUGCCCAUCGGCGUGCUGCCGCCGCUGCCCCUCCCCGUCACCAUCGCUGCGUGCGCACCCGGGAGCCAGCCCACCACCAGCCUGGACGAUUGCGUUGAGUGCAGCGACGGCACUUUCAACCUGGAUGGCGGCGCCUGCCUACCCUGCCCCGACGGCGCCGACUGCGCAGGCGGCAGCGAGAUCAAGUCCCUCUCCAACUACUGGCGCUCCUCCAACGCCUCUGUGGCCUUCUACCCCUGCAUGCUGUCGGGCGUGUGCCUGGCGGGCGCGCCCGCCGGCGACGCGGCGUGCGCCCCGGGGCAGCAGGGCCCGCUCUGCGACGUCUGCCUGCCUGGCUACUUCAAGCUCAGCGGCAGCUGCAACACCUGCGCUGGAGCCCAGUCCAAGGCCAUGCUUGCGGUGACCGUCAUCCUGCUCACCCUGCUGGCGGUGGCCCUGUUUGCCCGCGACUGGGACUGGGGCGGCACCGGGCCGGGCAUCAUGACCAAAAUCAAAAUCUUCCUCACCCACUUCCAGGCAAGCUCGCACUGA